GUUUGUAAGUUUGUUGGGUUACGUUGGGAAUGACAAGGGGUACUUUGAAGGGUACUCAUUUGACUUUGUAAAGCUAUUUUCAAUACAUAAUUAUUAAAUGAAAAGGGAAAAAUUAAAAAGGGGAAAUUCAACCGCUCACUUUCUCUGUAGAGACUAAGUCAUUUUUGAGCUAAUACACCAAUUGAGCUAAUAAAGCAAAGCCACUGGCCACACCAUUGUCGGUCACCCAACUACUGUAUCUCCUCAUUACAUGCCCAUAUCUCUGCUUUUUAACUUCCUUCCUAUUCAUGCAUGGUUUUUUAUUUCACUAAAAAAAAAAAAGGUACAUACUUUCUUUGAUCUUUUUCUUGAAUCUGCUUCUUAUUUAUUGAUUACUUUUUUCAACACACACAUAUUUUCAUACUGUUUCUCUGACCCCCAGUUUGACCUUUGUAACUACUUGUCCCAUUAUUUUUUUUAAGAUGCUAGCUAGAGGUGGUCAAUAUUAAUUGCAAUGGGAAAAGCAGUAGAUCACUGACAAAAUUGGUGGACUCAUUCAAGUCUCUUCUUAUCACUUUAACUUCCCAAGGCAUGCAAAAACCAGCAAAUCUGCGUACACUUCAAGAACCAUCUCUAUACUAUAUAGUCUCCUUAAUUUCCUUUCCAUGCAUUCCCAACGCCCACAACCAGUCAACUCCACCUCUCUGUUUUUCACCACCAUUGGAGGUUUUAAUUACAAACUUUAAUGCCUAGCUAUAGCUUCAAAACCAAAAACCCAGUUAUGAACCAAUUUAAAAACACUUUCUUUUUAGCUUUUCCACUUGUUGAGAGAUAAAGAUGGCUCAAUAUUUUGCAGACAUGGCGAUGACUAAAUUGGUUUUGUUACCCGUUGCUUUUGUUCUGUUUAUGUGUCUUUUUUCAUCUGGGUUUGUGUUUUGUCAAGGCAAAGUUGAUAGAAAGUCGUUGACUUUGAGAUUGCUUUUGGAGGUUAAAAAGUCGUUUGUGGAAGACCCAGAAAGUGUUUUGCAGGGUUGGUCUGCAAGGAAUACAAAUUUCUGUACUUGGAGAGGAGUUUCUUGUGGGUUGAACUCGGUCGAUGACUCAGUUCAUGUGGUGGGGCUCAACCUUUCCGACUCGUCACUCGCCGGGUCGAUAUCUCCAUCACUCGGUCGUUUGCAAAACCUGCUACACCUUGAUCUUUCUUCUAACCGCCUUGCGGGCCCCAUUCCACCUACCCUCUCUAAUCUUUCGUCAUUGCAAUCUCUGCUUCUCUUUUCCAACGAACUCAGUGGUUCCAUUCCCAGUCAACUCGGGGAACUCACGAGUCUCCGAGUUUUGAGAAUCGGUGACAAUGGACUCACGAGUUCAAUACCUGCCUCGUUUGGUAAUCUUGUCAAUUUGGUCACUCUUGGUUUGGCCUCAUGCAGUCUCACCGGUCCAAUACCAAAUGAACUCGGCCGACUCAGCCAACUCGAAAAUCUAAUUCUGCAACAAAAUCAACUGGAGGGUCCAAUCCCUGCUGAGCUGGGGAACUGUUCAAGCCUUCAAAUCUUUACCGUUGCUCUCAACAAUCUCAAUGGGUCAAUCCCUGGUGAAUUGGGUCGUCUGAAAAAUCUUCAAAAUCUAAACCUGGCCAAUAACAGCUUAUCAGGGGAUAUUCCGAGUCAACUCAGUGAACUUGCCGAACUCGUUUACAUGAAUAUGAUGGGCAAUCAGCUUGAAGGUGCAAUUCCUAGGUCGUUAGUUCAACUGGGUAAUCUUCAGAUUCUUGAUUUAUCCAUGAACAGGCUCAGGGGAGGAAUUCCAGAGGAAUUUGGCCAAAUGAGUCAGCUUGUUUACUUGGUUUUGUCAAACAACAAUCUCUCUGGUUCCAUACCAAGAAAAUUAUGUUCCAAUGCCACCAGUUUGGAGCACCUCAUGUUAUCAGAUAUUCAACUUUCUGGUGAAAUUCCUGCAGAACUCAGCAACUGUCAUUCUCUGACACAGCUCGAUUUGUCCAACAACACACUCAAUGGAACAAUCCCAGUUGAGCUAUACGGAUUGGUAGAGUUAACCGAUCUUUUGCUCCACAACAACACUCUGAUUGGUUCGAUUUCUUCAUCCCUAGGCAACCUCACCAAACUGCAGACACUGGCAUUGUACCACAACAAUUUGCAGGGCAACCUUCCAAGAGAGAUGGGAAAGCUUGGGAAGCUUGAGAUUCUGUAUCUUUAUGACAACCAGUUAUCUGGAGAGAUCCCCAUGGAGAUUGGAAACUGUUCUAGUUUACAAAUGAUUGAUUUUUUUGGGAAUCGUUUCAGUGGGAAGAUUCCUAUUACAAUCGGAAGGCUCAAAGAAUUGAACUUUCUUCAUCUGAGACAGAAUGAGCUUGUGGGUCAGAUUCCUUCCACAUUGGGCAACUGUCAUAAGCUUACUAUACUAGACUUGGCUGACAAUGGUCUAUCAAGUGGUGUCCCUAUGACGUUCAGUUUCCUCAAAUCUCUGGAGGAGUUCAUGCUCUACAACAAUUCCCUCGAAGGUAAUCUCCCUGAUGCUUUAGUUAAUUUAUCAAACUUGACCAGAGUGAAUCUGUCAAGAAACAGACUGAAUGGGAGUAUUGCUGCAUUGUGUAGCUCCCAUUCUUUUCUUUCUUUUGAUGUCACGGACAAUGCAUUUGACCAUGAAAUUCCUUCCCAGCUGGGAAAUUCACCCUCUCUUGAGAGGUUGAGACUGGGAGGCAAUCAGUUUACUGGGAAUAUCCCACCAACUUUGGGUAAAAUCCAUGAACUGUCGUUAUUAGACCUGUCAGGGAAUUCUCUCACUGGAUCAAUACCAGCUGAGCUUUCACUUUGUAAGAAACUUUCCCAUAUUGAUUUGAAUGAUAAUAUUCUUUCCGGAAUCAUACCACCCUGGCUUGGAAGUUUGCCUCAGUUGGGAGAAUUGAAGCUCUCCUCGAAUCGAUUUUCGGGGCCUCUUCCUCGAGAAUUGUUCAAUUGCUCCAAAUUGUUGGUUCUUUCACUUGAUGACAAUUCUCUUAAUGGAACUCUUCCUGCUGAAAUUGGUAAUUUGUCCUCCCUCAAUGUCCUGAACCUCAACUGUAACCAGUUUUCAGGACCAAUCCCUCCAACCAUUGGUAAGUUGGGCAAGUUGUAUGAACUUCGAUUGUCACAUAACAGCUUUGGUGGUGACAUACCUAUUGAGCUUGGACAGCUCCAGAAUCUGCAGAUCAUUCUUGAUAUCAGUCACAACAAUCUGACUGGUCAGAUACCAUCCUCUAUCGGGACACUUUCCAAACUUGAAGCACUUGAUCUUUCAAACAAUCAACUUGUUGGAGAAGUCCCUCCCCAAGUUGGGGAAAUGAGCAGCCUGGGAAAGCUUAAUGUAUCUUACAACAGUCUUCAAGGAAAGCUAGGCAAGCAAUUCACUCGUUUUCCCCCUGAAGCCUUCCAAGGAAAUCUCCUCCUUUGUGGAAGCACCCUUGGAAACUGCAAAGUUGUUUCUGGUAAUCAGCAGUCGGGCCUAAGUGAAUUAUCAGUGGUGGUCGUUUCUGCUAUCUCUACUUUAACGGCAGUUGCUCUGUUGAUUUUCAUAGCCGCCCUCUUCCUUAAAAACAGACGAAAAUCUUUCAGAAGAGGCAGGGAAAUGAGCUACACUUACUCGUCCACUCCUCCUUACACACGAAGAAGACUACUCUUUCAAAACAGUCCUGCAAAGAGAGGUUUUAGAUGGGAUGACAUUAUGGAAGCCACUCACAAUCUAAGCGACGAGUUCAGGAUUGGCUCAGGAGGAUCAGGGAUAGUCUACAAAGCAGAGUUGCCCAGCGGAGAAACUGUAGCUGUCAAGAAGAUUUCGGGGAAAGAUGAUCUUUUAUCAAAUAAAAGUUUCACAAGAGAGGUUAAGACACUUGGGAGGAUAAGGCACAGGCAUCUUGUUAAGUUAAUGGGGUAUUGUAGCAACAAAGGAGCAAGUCCAAACUUGUUAAUAUAUGAUUAUAUGGAGAAUGGAAGCGUUUGGGAUUGGCUGCAUGGACAACCGGCUAACAGUAAGAAGACGAGAUUUCUAGACUGGGAGGCAAGGUUAAGGAUUGCCAUGGGAUUAGCUCAGGGAGUUGAGUAUCUCCACCAUGACUGUGUGCCAAAGAUAAUCCAUAGGGAUAUUAAAUCAAGCAAUGUCUUGCUUGAUUCUGAUAUGGAGGCACAUUUGGGAGAUUUUGGGCUGGCAAAGGCACUCAUCGAGUAUGACUCCAACACAGAAUCAAACACAUUUUUUGCUGGAUCCUUUGGCUACAUAGCACCAGAGUAUGCUUAUUCACUUAAAGCAACAGAAAAGAGUGAUGUUUAUAGCAUGGGGAUUGUUCUAAUAGAGCUUGUUAGCGGAAAAAUGCCGACUGAUGCUGCUUUCAGCGUGGAUAUGGACAUGGUGAGAUGGGUGGAGACACAUAUUGAAAUGCAGGACUCUGCUCGUCAGGAGUUGAUAGACCCAGAGCUGAAAUCACUAUUACCUAGGGAAGAAUUUGCGGCAUUUCAAGUUCUUGAAAUAGCACUGCAGUGCACCAAAACCAGCCCUCUAGAAAGGCCAACAUCACGGCAGGUGUAUGAUCUCCUACGACAUGUUUUUAACAAUAGGGUGGUGGAGUUUGAGAAGACGAAUUUAGAUACCGAUUAACUGAUAGAAUCAUAUUUACUGAUGCUGGAAAAGAGUUUGAUGUAAGAAUAGCCCUUUGAUUUGGGGUGACAAUUUUUUCAGUUUGAUUCCAGUGGUUUAUGCAAAUUGUGUUGGCAGGCAGGCAGAAUGGAAGCCCUGCGCUUUCAUAUCAUUGUUCUAAUCAACACUGAGAAGAGGAUUUUACUAGGGAAAUAUUAACAAAACUAGAAUCUAUAAGCCUUCAUUUAGAACCUUCCAAGGACAAGUAAAGAAACAGGAAAAGGAAGUUUGUUUUAUGAAAGUAAAAUCCACUUAUAGGAAAUUCUUAUUUGUAUAUUCUUAUUCUAAAAUUAUAUUUCUAUGUUUGGUCUAACCAAACAUCUAUAUUUGAAGUCUAGAAUCCAAUAAAGUUAAAAAAUUUAUAAAAAUUAAAGGUCCUCGUACCUGUUUCAUGAAGACGAAUAUAUAUAUAUAUAUAUAUAUAUAUAUAUAUUUUAACAAGACAAUGUUAAAUAUUUUCCUUAAGCCUUAUAAUAUUAUUUUUGACUUUUUCCACCUAAUGCAUGUUUACCUUGCAUUGGCCAUAUAUGUUUACCCUAUAUAAACACACGAUGUUACAGCAAGAAAAAUUUCGCUCCAUUUGUUUAAUUUAUUAGCGCGCACAGUGAUUACUGCAUCCACCAGCUUACAUCAUUCACGCAUCUUUUAUGUGUAGCAAAAUUUAUAAAAUGAAGGGGGGGGAGGAAAAAAAAAAAAUGAGGUCUUUAAUGCGUUACAAACAGAUGAACUAAUUUGAAGCAAACAAGCGCCCACAACUUUCAGGACCAUCAUUCUCUCAAAAGAUGAAAAUGUUCUCUGAAAAUCCCGCAAUCAUUAGGGACACAAGCUACGCAUCAUCUUCAUC